AUGCCCGGCCUAACAAAAACUACCCUUGAGCCUACGACCGCUCCCAAGAAGCAACCCAUAUUGCCCACGGAACUCCUCCUACACAUCUUCAACUUAACCUACCGCCGAAACCCUGCAUGGGACCUCUCACCAAAUGGCCAGCUCCCUCGCUUCGCACGUGUGUGCAAGGGCUGGCUCCCAGCUGCGCGAAUGGCUCUAUACUCGGUGGCAUACCUCAGUCGCGACAGCGACGAAAAUGGUCCCCCGUCGAACUGGAUAUGCGGUGCACUCAAACGCACCCUGCGCGAAACCCCCUCACUCGCCUGUCUGGUUCUCGAGGUUCAUUUCUCGUGUCCGGAGAAGGAGGGGGUCAUGGCCACCUCGGAUGCCUCAAAAAUUCUCCGGCUAUGUCCCAAUCUUCAGCGCAUAGUGUUCCUGGGUUGGAGUAACUAUCGACUCGGGCAUCUACGCCAUGCACUCGAGAGCCUGCACUCGCUCAAACACCUCUUGCUAUCCCCAUACCCCAUCACCGGCGCACGAAGCGACCCAUUCUGUCACCUCCCGGACCUCUUUCGCCUACUUCCUCAUUGGCCACACUUGCGUACAUUGCUCAUCGACCGCGACGGCCUUGGCUGGGAUCCGGAGUCUCCGAGUAUGUUCGGCGCCGCCGCGGAGAUGCUAUCCCAAGCAGACCGCGACGCAUUGCGUCUAACAUGCGCUUUCCCGACGUCCGAGGAAGUGUGCAAGCACCUCGAGCGCGUGUCAAUCAUGUCUUCGCUCGGCGAUCGACACGUCGCCGCCCUCGCACGCAUGGCGCCGCGACUGCGAGAACUCACGCUGCCGCAGGCGGGCGGGUUGUCGAUGCUAUCACUCCGACCCGCCCUGCGGACGUGGGCUGAAACACUAGAAGUGCUGCAUCUGAAUGUGGCGGAUGAUAGCGACUUCGUGUUCGGCGUAUCAGAACCUGGUGACGGCGAGCGCUGUUGGGCGCUCGACGAAGCGCUGGCUAAUCUGCCGCGCCUGAGAGAGUUGACGACGAGGACGGCUGUUGUGCACCCUUCGGCUUUUGGUCAGGGUUUCGACGCACUCGAAGAUCUGUCUUUGUUCGGCGUUCAGCGUGGCGAGCUCCUGUCGCUGCGGCUUGCGGUCGACAAAGCGCUUCCCAGCCUACGCACGUUACAAGUGACGAUGCAGGAUAGGACGUGUCCGGUCGCGGCGUGCGAGUCUAGUUGCGUCGCCCGUGGAGUACAAUUCGCGGAUGGCUUGAAGUGCGGGGCGCUAACCCGCUUGAACGAUUUCUGUUCGAAGCGAGGACUCGAAGGGGAUCUAGGACAGGCGAUCUUUGAUGGGAUUGAGGAUGCUCUUGAGUACAAGGCGUGGCGCGAUCGAAAUCCCGAAACUGGCGAGGGCGCGCCUUGGAGGGAGGAGACCUUCGAGGACUCGGACGAAGAUGAUUUCUGA